CACACACACACACACACACACACACACAUUCCACCAGUGACUCUCUAUCGUCAGUGCCUCUCUUCCAGGAACGGACGUGCAUUUGGAUGUAGAUGCCGGUGGCCCCGUCAAGAGAUGAUGUGAGGAUCCGCUACUGGCGACUGAUGUGAGGCCAGCUACACAGAGAUGUCAAUCAAUUGACAACUCUUUGGCAAUGGGGAUCUAAAGGAGAGUCUGCAGCUCUCCUCUCAGGGACAGUCUUCUGCAGCCCUUGGUUGAUCACGGGCUUGUCUGGCAUCUCUCAUCUAUAUCUUUCCUCUUUCCAUCCUCCCAUCCUUCCCCCUGUCAUGAAGGGCUUAUCUAGUAGUCGGAGUCACCAUCAUGUGGUCUCCUAUGAACCAUCAUAUGAUCCACUGGGUUACCAUGUUGACCGCAAGCCAUAUUUGAUCAGUCAGAUGGACAUGCCUGUGCCCAUCCCCAUGCCGCAUCCAGCUGAUCUGCCCUUCUACAAUUCUCAGCGUACCUCGUACCCCUCUGACAGCAACAACAUCGUCCCAUAUGGAACCUUCCCAAGGAGGUGCCACUCAACCUCCUCAUCUCACCAUCCCGAGGUAAAGGAUGAGUGUAUGGCCAUGGUACCAUAUAUAGGAGGAGGAGGGGGAGGAGGAGGAGCUGGAGGAGGCUAUGGAGGUAAAAUGCCCAACCGGGUUCCAGCACACUUUGCAGACCCAUUUGAGCAUCAGCUAUCAUUUUCAAGAGAAGGCUACCAUACACUGCAGUACAAACGAGGAAUGCAGCCCCACAGUGGGGGGAUGUCGGCCAACAACAACAACAAUGACAGCCCUGGGAGAAUUCGUCACCUUGUCCACUCAGUCCAGAAACUCUUCACCAAGUCACAUUCAUUGGAGGGCCCACACCACACACAGUCAUCAAAAGGGGCCAAUAAUGGGAGCAUUAAUGGUGGCGGUGGUGGUGUUGGAGGAGGUGGUGGUGGUGGUUCAAGGGCCUGCCCAGAGGGUGAAACUCCAUCAGUGGGAGUGCGCCACCGGAAGCGCAGCAAGAGCCGCGAACGCUGUCGUUCAGCCGAGCCCAAGCAUCGUAGCCACCACCACCACCACCAGCAGCUCCACGGCUCAGCAUCUGCUCCGGGCUCUGGAUAUUGGAGCUCAGAUGACAACCUGGAACGGGAGCUGUGUCUUUACCACCCUCACCACCACCAACCACCACCCUCACCCUCACCCUCCAUUUCUCCCUCACCCAUCGCUAUGACAAUGGGCCGCUACCCCAGCAACCACCCCGACAUGUUCCCCCAGACGCCCAUCCCCAGUCUGUCUUCCUCACAGUCCCAGCAGUACUUCAUGAUGGACCCUUACGGCACACUCAAUGAACAUACACACACCCAUGCACCCCAUGGCCACACACACCACCAUCCUGCACUCAAAGCCUCGCGGAGCAACAAUGAUGUGAAGUAUGCAGCGCCAUCAGCAUGUGUGCCAGUUAGUGGUAGCAGCAGUGGCCGUAUCGGUGGAGGAAGUGGCCCCUUGCUGCCACUGAGUCUUGUGGAUGGGCCCCUGGCGAAGAAAGGGGCAUGGUCAUCGAGCCUAACGGUGAGCAGGGCGAGAGAGGUUUACACCAACAGCAACAGCUACAACCACCUACGAGCCAGCGCAGGAUCCGGUAACCUAAUCCUAGAUAGAGCUCUAGUCAAAUCUAAUGGCAGUCAGCAGCAGGAGCACUCUUGCCAUUUCUUACAGGUACCUCAGGAUGAGUGGAGUGGCUUCUCUCCACUAGGGAAGGAGGACGACAUCCCCUGUCGGAGAAUGAGGAGCGGCAGCUACGUCAAAGCCAUGGCUGAGGAUGACAGCGGAGACUCUGAUGGGAGUCCUAAACCCUCACCCAAGAUCCAGGCCCGCCGGGCCAGCUACCUGAAGGCCACACAGCCAUCACUGACUGAGAUGACCACUCUACAGAUUUCGACGGAACAUUCUCCCAAGCUGCAGAUCAGGAGCCACAGUUACCUGCGUGCGGUGAGUGAGGUUUCAAUCAAUAGAAGCCUGGAUACCCUGGACCCCAAAACCCUCCUCGACCCUAAAUCGCUGCUGUCCUCACCCCAAUACCGUUCUCGCAAUGAAAGCUACAUGAGGGCCAUGAGCACCAUCAGUCAGCUGAGUGAAGUGGAGUUGAAUGGGCAAAUUGAGCAGGUGUGUGAGCAGGUCUACAGUGAGAUGCAGGCCCAGGCCUUGGAGGCUGCCAUGGACAGCCUGGAAACCAUGGACACCCUGCCAAUGCCAGGAUGCUUCCGGAUGCGAAGUCCCAGCUAUGUGAGGGCGAUUGACCAGGGGUGUUCGGGGGAGGAAGAAGGAGAAGAGGGGAAACCACUGCUCCUGCUGCCAUCCUCCCCACCACGCACCUCUGCCACCACUGUCAGGACCAUCCAGAGCAGUACAGUUUCAUCUUGCAUUACCACAUACAAGAAAACCCCUCCACCAGUGCCCCCCCGAACCUCCACCUGCUCCACAGCCUCCAAGCCUUACAUCUCCAUCACAGCCCAGAGCAGCACAGAGUCUGCACAGGAUGCAUACAUGGAAGAGGAGGCACCCAGAGGUGACAUGACCAUCCAAUCAGGGCUCAGUAAUUCAACAGAAAGUAUUGACAGCAUGAAGGCCUUGACAGCUGCAAUAGAAGCUGCUAAUGCACAGGUCCACGGACCAGCCAGUCAGCAUGUGAGUAACAGCAGCAUGACAGUCAGCCCCCCCACCUCCUCAGUUCUAAGCAGGGGGGCUUUUCUUGAAGAGCAGCGGAAUGAAUACAGGAAAGAAGCACUCAGGAAGGGCAAAUGUCUCUCCAUAGGCAUCCAGGUGGAUGGACCAGAAGAGAUUGCAGAUCCAGAGGACCCAUCUAAGUUCACCUCUGUGGGAAUACAAGUGGAAGAUGAUAGGGGAUAUCGUCGGUUUCAACGCUCAAACAGUGUUACAGCAGCUGUGCAGGCAGAUCUUGACAUGCCUGACGUGCUGGACACUCCCUUGGACUCCUCAGACACUGAUAUAGAUGUCCUGUCAUCGGGUGCCAUCUCUCGACAAUUCUCCCGCGAUGCUGCCACGUCCACCGUCAGCAUCCAGGGCUCAGGGAACCACUACCAUGCCUGUGCCUCCGAUGACUAUGACGAUGUGGGAUUCGACCCGUCCAUCCUCCCCCCUCCAGACCCUUGGAUAGACAGUGUAAUAGAUGACCCACUUGAUGUCAACUUUAACAGCUCGAUGAUAUUGGAGGUGGUGCAGCGUUCAGUGUGUCAUAGAGAUGGACGCUGGUUUCUAAAGCUGCUUCAGGCUGAGACAGACCGCAUGGAGGGCUGGUGUCACCAGAUGGAGCUCGACCAACGUGAAAAUGACCUGCCUGAAGAUAUCCUUGGGAAGAUGAGGAGUGCAAUGGGAAGCGCUCAGCUUCUGAUGUCUCAGAAGUUCCAGCAGUUCAGGGAACUGUGUGAGGAGAACCUGAACCCCAAAGCCCACCCUCGUCCUGUGGCCUCAGACCUGGCUGGUUUUUGGGAUAUGCUUCAGCUGUCAAUCGAGAACAUAAGCCUGAAGUUUGAUGAGCUUCACCAGCUCAGGGCAAACAACUGGAGACCCCUGGAUCCCCCUGAGAGAAAGGAGAGGCGACUUCCACCUCCAGUACCAAAAAAGCCACCCAAGGGCCCCCACCACCACCCUCCUCUGGCCAGGGACCGCUCAUUGGAGAGCUCAGAGAAACAGCGACAGGAGGCCAGGAAGCGCCUGAUGGCAGCGAAAAGAGCUGCAUCUGUACGACAAAACUCAGCAACAGAGAGCGCCGACAGCAUUGAGAUCUACAUUCCAGAAGCUCAAACAAGGCUAUGAGGACAAUUCCAGAUACUCUCACACACACACACACACACACACACACACACACACACACACACACACACACACACAUAUUUAAUCCAGAUAUGCACAAUUAAUGCACUCUCAAGACAACCUUGAAAUGAUUUCACUGAUAUUCAAAACCCACCACUCUCCCAUCAUGUCUGCAUAUUCAAACGGAUUACCACAAAUGUGACAGCACUGCAUUCAGCUGCCCUCCCUGGGUCUGUGUCUGCUAAACACAGUUAAUCAAUUCACCAGUACAUCACUGCAGCAAUGGCGUUAGAAGAAUCAUAGCAUUUUUUUAAACUGCUGCUCCAUUGAACACAGAGCAACACAGAAGCAACUGCAUGACAGGCUUUUAACUUAAAAAAACCCCACCGCUCCCUCAAAGUGACCUAACUACAAAACUGUGAUGCAAAACGAGACAGCAUGAUGCAGAGGAGCAGUACAUGUUUCUGUUUGCUGCUCUUGUGCUCUCUGCUCAGGUGCUGAAUGCAGUGAAGUUAGCCAACCUGUAUUAAAAACAUCAUCACCAAUGUUGACAAUAUAAGACCCACCAGAUCCUGGUCACUGUAUCUAUCAGUGGGCUGCCUCAAACCUCAAGAGCUCCCUGGUAUAAUCAGGGGCUCUAAAAUCGGACUGAAUAGAAGGUGAGAUUGUCAAAUCACCAACUUGGUUAAUUUGAGUGAAAGAUUGUGGUUGAUUGGGAUUAAGGUGUUAGAAGGUGUCAUAUUUUCCUCUUUUCAUUCAAAUUCUGUCACUUUUUAUGUGAACAAGAAGGUGUAAGUUCCUCAAUGUCUUUGAGGGAAGACUGUCCCCAAUAUGGGCAGUAAUUUCCAUUCAUACAGUCCACUAUGUUUAGAUGGGGAAGACACAAAGAAGUCAGUUGUUGAGAGGACUCGGAGGGGGGGAGGCAGCCAGGAGGAGGGACAGACUUUAUUCGACUCAGAUUCCCAGUGUAGAACAGGAAGAAGCACUUGGACAUUCUUUACCCUGCAGAGCGUUGCUGCAUGUGAUGUGCUGCAGAGUGGUAACUGUGUAUUUUCGGAUUCACAGGUUUAGUCAAAUCAGACAGGACUUGGUUUGACCUUUGGUCGAUGUUGAAUGUUGUUCUUUGGGUCUUAUCGUAUGUACAGAGGUGAUGGACUAUCCGACACAAACACACACAGUAGUAAACACACAAUCACAACCCUGUGCCAUCGGACAACACUGCACAUCCACAAUGGUUCAAACACUCUGAACAGAUCAGUACUUAGAGGUAAUCCUUUCAGGUCUUGCAGUUGUAUGAACACAUUAGGCCCUUGUAAUAUAAGAGCAGUGUCUUUCUCUUCCCUCUUGAGAAGAGAACGCCAUGAUCACUGUUUUUCUUACAACAACCCUUACAAUUUAGAUGUAUACAUGUAUGUGGACAUCAUUCCUUUUGGGUCAGGUGGACUCCACAGGGCAUCACACAGGUUUAUUCAGAUUCUGAAUGCGAAUUUGUGUCAAAUGUUAAGUUAUAAAUGCACAGAAUUUUAAUCUUUAAUCUUCGUUGUGUAAUAUAGAAAGCCAUUAGGGAAAAUUAUAGAGUGCUGAGUGUAAGAGACACGGUUAUAGGGGAAAAUAACAAUUUGUAAUAAUGUUGGGAAAUGAAUUAAUUUGGGUGUGUGGAUAAUUUUCAUCAUUUGAACUAUGUUGGUUAGAUGUUUACAUUACUCCUCCUCUUUGGAUUUAGGGGUGAUUUAUCUUUUACAAGGUAUAAUUACUCUUAAGCAAUAUUGUGUGCAAGGAAUACUGUGUAAGGCAGGGCUGAGGUAUUGAUAGUAGGGAAUUAGGAGUGCCUUUUUGCCAUGAUAAAAAAACUCAAUCCAUUUGAAUCUUGUGUUCAGAUUCCGGGGGGGGUCUAACUUGAGAUCAUUUGGGGCUCCAGAUUUGAAUGGCCCACUGAUUUACAUGUUUUCAGUCCUAGGCAACCCCUAAACAAACCUGCUUGAGAUAUGUUGGCCUUUCUGCAUUGGUAGCCUCCCCAGAAAACCAAAUAAACAGCAGUGAAAAGUGGCAUUUUUAUAAUAAGUCUCCAAUAACAGAAAAUCUGACAGAAACUCAUGAUAAUGUCUGAGUAGGCCUAAAAUGAUCACCUACUCUUUUACAUUGCUGUAAUAGUUUUAAUGGGAGGCUGUUGUGAACAUAACAUGCAGAAAACUGGUAAUUAUGGGCAGUACCCAAUAUAUACUGUCAGUGGAGAUAGCAAACCAGCCAACUCACCAGCUGUCAUAACCCAAAGUGAAAUUGCUGAGGAAAACUCCAUCACAGAGGGCAGGAGAACCAAUGCAUUUCUUCUACUGGUUUAAUGAGUGUUGAACAUAUCACAAUUGUUUAUGUGAAAGUGUUUGUGUUACCAGGCUCUCAGUGAAACCUGUAAGGAUUGAAAAUGUUUCAUAGUCAAGGGGAAUGGUCCUAUUUUUUCUUCUUAGCCAGAGUCCUUUUUUCCUGUGCAUGUUAUUUGAAAGAGAGGGGACCACUGCAUGGUUAAAAUGCCAGAAGCAGAUUCAAUUCGUCAUGUAUGUAAGGCUUUGUGUGACUCUGACUAAGUAGGACAAAUAAUCAAUUCCACUAAAAUGUCCAGACACUAUUUCAAUGUCUGACAUUCAAAUGACAGGGACAGAAAUGACAAUAAUACUUAUAAUACAAAUGUGAAACAUUCUUGUUUUGUGCACGUUAAUAAAAAACUGUGCACAUAAUUAUGUUUUUGGAGUUUUGAAGUGUAGGGUUAAGCUGAUCACAGUAGCAAAUAUGAAAAUAAAACAGAAGUUCGUAGAGAUAAAACAUUAUAGAUUAAAGCUGUUAAAAGACGUUUUAAGUAUCCAACUCUCUUUGAUCCUAAUGAAUGAACUGUGUCUAAUCAGCCACAAUCUACUGCGGCUAAGGAGAUAGAGUGGGUUGUCCACUAACCAGAGGGUUGGUGGUUCGAUCCAAGUCUCCACCAUUCCGUGUGCUGAAGUGUCCUUGGGCAAGAUACUGAACCCCAAAUUGCCCCUGCACCUGUGCCAUUAGUGUGUGAUUGAAGUUUGAUCCAGGAAGUGCUGCAUAUGGAUACACGAUAUGUAUGAUUUGGGUGAAUGGAAAAACUGUACUGUUAAGCACUUUGAGAGGUUUUCAAGUCUAGAAAAGCUCUAUAUAAAUCAGUCAACAGUUUUAAUGUUGCAGCUGAUUGGUGUAUGCAACAAAAGAUACGACUGGUUUAUACCCAAUUUAUUUUAAGUUCUUUAAAAUAUGGUAUAUAUAUUCAUUAAAUUCAGCCGGCACACUGAAAUACAAUAGAUACACAUGAGACAAAUUCGUUUUUAUUAUUAUUAUUAACUUAGCUCGCCUAACAUACUUAAGUGUUUUACCCUGGAUUUCCCUAUGAUAAAUCAAACAAAAGUAUGAAUCAUAUUUUGACUUUGCAUCUUUAAAAUAACUUUAUUAUUGUAAUUUCUGCUCCAGUCACUUUGAAAGAGAAGUCAGCAACUUCACAACUCAAAGCCUGUUUACUCAUCUUUCAGUCCUACUUAGCCUGUGAAAAAAUAACCAUGAUGUUGUCACAGUGAUGUUCAUCAGGGUUAUAUCAUCUUUGACUGCAAGUUGAAAACAGAGAGCUUGUGUUACAAACUGCAUAUGUGCAGUUUAAAGAGGCGUUUACUUGAUAGGAAGGGUCUAAAAGAAAGAUACUUUCAACUUGCUUUAUUGGAAAAGAAGAAUAAGGCGUUUCUGACGCUUGUCCCACACUAAAGUCAAAAGAUCAGGAUCUCUCAGCCUCUGCUACUUUAUUUUUGACCAUUCUUUAUGAUCCGUCUCUCAUAAGAACCCCAACUUCAUCACAAAAUUGCCACAGGCAAAAAAGAAAGAAAGAAAAAACAAGCAAUUAGGAAGCACUCCAAAACUUCACAAGUUUCAUCUCCUACAUAUUGUCCAGCUGAACUCCUGGUGUUAGCAGUUUCAAAGAAAACAUCUUAUUAGAGCCACUACAGCCGUGUUGUUUAUUUGUGAUAACGACAUUAAUACAACUUCUACUUAAGCCUUCAUUUGUUUAUGACUAAGUGAUAUAACUGCCAUUCAUUUCUACAGAGAAACAAUCUGGAAAUCAAUUUUCAUUCAUAGGAUUAUACAGAUGGUGAUGAUGAUGAUGAUGUGUUGUGGAUCAAAGUAUUCUGUAUUUAUUUUCUUAUUUUGUACUGUAAAGCGCUUUGAGUGGUCAUCAAGACUAGAGCAGCGUCAUAUAAAU